CAAUGGCUUACGACAGGAGGAGAAGAAUGCUUUAUUAAUUUGAGGUCACGUGGGGACUUUAACAUAAGCAGAAUGUAAUUUGGCCAGAACACUAACAUUUGCCCUCAAACCACUUUGCAAACACUGCAGUGUUUUAAAACAGAUUUCAGCCUGGCCAGAUGAUCUACAGCUGCUGGGCCACAUCAUGCAUUACAGAUUAUGUGCUGAAUGAUCUACAAAAUGGCAGUGACAUCAAGUGGGCAUUCACCCAUGAAAGCUUAUGCUCCAAUACUUCUGUUAGUCUUAAAGGUGCCACAGGACCCUCUGUUGAUCUUUGGAAAAGGCAGCUUUCCCACACUGCUUUAUCAACAAGCUGAUAGGUGAGGGCGGCUAGGGCCCACCCUUUUCCCACGAGGCCGUUACCCGCCUCCCGAUCCCCACGCACAACGUACAGGCCUGGGUCACACACAGGUACGUCAACAAUAAUCCCGUUUCUUGGUACUCGGCCUGCUGCAUGUCCCUCUCCCGGCUGGAUACGUGGGAGAGAGCGUGUUAAUGGGACGCAGCCUGUACGAACGGAGGGUCAUUUUCGCUGCCGUUUCCCCGGCCCUGCCGCUCCUCGGGGCUGGGGCUCGGGUGGCGCCUACAGCCCCGGGGGACAGGCCCACGGCCAGAAUAAGAAAAUAUCAGUCAAAUGAAGCACCCCAUGCAGUGGACGUGCUUUUUAAUCCCAUAAUGUCGGAAGCCACAUCUCCAGAAAAUAAAAGACCCCGGAGAAGCUUGUCCCUCAGUAAAAACAAGGAAAAGAAUGAAAACAAGAAAAAGAAUGAAGCAGAAGAUAAAGGAGCACCUCCCACACCUUCAGCUUCUUCCUCUAUCCUUUCUUUUUUUAACAACACUCCCCCUGCCAAAGUCACCUGCCCUAUGUGCGGGCAAAUGGUGCCAAGGUAUGGGAUCAACAAGCACAUAGAUGAAAUGUGUCAAAAGAAUCAUGGGGAUGGUGCAAUGAUUCUAGUUGAUUCAGGAUUUGACUGUUUUAUGAAUGAGGGCCCAUCAGGUAUAGAUCUGAACACUAGUUCCAGCCCAUACUUUGCAAAGGAAGCUUCAACUCCAGAGAAAAAUAUGAGUAUCUUUGAAAGCAACUUGUUGAAAAUGAGAGCAGGUGCAGGACAGCAGACUAGUCCUUACUUUAAGAAUAAUAAUGCUCCAAUGUGCAAUGUUCAGAAUGGGCCAAGGGUGCAAAUGGUUAAAAGUAUCUCUUUGGGCAACUUGUCAGCUAAACUGUCCAGAAGGCACCGUAUCCAGAAUAGACAACUGAUAGAAGAAAACAAGAGGAAUUCUUCAUCUCAAGCUGUUCACAGUGUGUGUGACAAUGCUGCAGAAUGGGGUGAUGGAGAGACUUGUGCUGGGGAUGGCUCUCAGAAAGAGAAUCACUUUGUUCUGGCAGGAUUCCAAAAGCAGCAUGUCCCAAAAGACAGUUUAACAAAAGAACUUGAAAGUCAGGGAGAAACACGAGAAUGUGAUAAAGAGACUCUUGUGGGUUCUGUUCAUGGAUUAGUAUCCUCAGUUAGCAUUGUUGCCAGGGAGCUAGUGCCUGCUGCAGGGAACACUGAGAAACACAGUUAUUCUGAAGGCAUGGUGCCUAAUCUUGGCAAACAUACAACACAUCCAGCAAGUUAUAAUAAAGUAGAGAGAUCUGAUGGUUCAGAAGCCAAAACUCAGUUCUCUGUUAAGGAUAUUCCUUCUUCAAGGACACAAGUGAUGUAUGAGAGCCAUACAGAAAACUGCCCAGUGACAGAUAAUACAGGAACACUUCCUAUGGAAGUUCAUGAAAACUUAAGGAAUGAGAUGAUUUAUCAUACUUUCUCAGAACCUAUGCAAGAGGUGGAUUUUCAGAGUCCUGCCAGUUACAUUUUAGACAAAAUAAGUGGUGCAUUUGGUUCUGCGUCUGACUCUUUUGGUCACCCAUAUUAUCUCCAGAAUUUCCUGAUGGUACUGCAAGUGGUCUUGGAGAAUCAUGAUGAUCUGAGACUCUUUGAUGAGCAAGACACCAGCACUAUCACAAAGUUCUACCAAUUGUCAGCUGGUGGACAGAAGUUAUAUGUAAGACUUUUUCAACGCAAGCUGAAUUGGAUAAAAAUUAACAAAAUAGAAUAUGCAGAGAUCAGUGCAGAUUUGUUGCCAGUAAUUGGAGAAUUGGUUGAAGCAGGCUUUCUGCAAACAGAAUCUGAAUUACAAGACCUUUCUGAGGGGCUGGACUUGCUUUCUGCUCCUGAGCUAAAAACAUUAGCAAAAACCUUUCACCUGAAAAACCCAAAUGGUCAGAAACAGCAGCUGGUGGAGGACUUUCUCAGACUGGCAAAACAACGUUCGAUCUUCAGCAGGAAUCAGGCUGGUAUUGGGGCAGUGAUUUUGAAAAGGGCUAAGGACCUUUCUGGGAAGUCUGUCAGGGUCUGUAAAGGCCCCCGAGCAGUAUUUUCUCGAGUUUUACUGCUGUUCUCACUGACUGAUUCAGUGGAGGAUGAGGAAGCAGCUAGUGGUGGCCAAGGCCAGCUCUCCACCUUGCUUAUGGUAAACAUGGGUCGUACGGUGUUUCCCAGUUACACAGUAAAUAGGAAAACAGCAAUCUUCCAGGACAGAGAAGAUCUCAUCAGAUAUGCAACAGCUGCUCAUUUGUCAAAUGAUGUAGCCACUGCAAUGGCUAAUGGGAACUGGACAGAAGCUAAAUAUCUCUAUAUGUGUGCAAAAGAAACCUGGCAUGAACUGAAAAAUCAUCCUUCUUUGAGAUGCCAUAGAGACUUACCAGAGUAUCUGCGACAUUUUACGGUUGGGUGGAUGUAUACAAGAAUCCUCUCUCGAGGGGUUGAAAUACUGCAGAGACUUCAUAUGUAUGAGGAGGCUGUGGAAGAACUGCAGUAUCUUUUAUCUCAGGAAGUGUAUUGUACAGACAGCAGAGGACGAUGGUGGGAUCGACUGGCUCUGAAUUUACACCAGCACUUGAAACGCAAUGAGCAGGCUAUUGAGUGCAUUAGAAAAGGGCUGUCAGAUCCAUUAGUGCGCACAGGCCAUCGACUCUCUCUCUACCAGCGUGCACUGCGAUUGAAAGACUCACCAAGCUGCAAGAAGUUCAGGAGCCUCUUUCAGGAGCUGCCUGUCAUAACUGUGGAAGAUGUUACACAUGUUACAAUCAAAGGAAAGAUGUGUCCCCAAACAGGGGUGGGAAAAUCUGUGUUUCUAGUGGAGGACAUUGAUGAUCAAGAGAAAGGAGAAGACUUCACUCUGUCCACAAUCAUGUGUUCAGUUGAGGAGCUGGCGUUAACACAUUACAGACAGAAUGGCUUUGAUCAGGGGAUUCAUGGAGAAGGGUCCACGUUUAGUACACUCUAUAGCCUUCUAAUGUGGGACAUUAUUUUCAUGGAUGGCAUACCAGAUGUUUUCAGAAAUUCUUAUCAGGCAUUCCCCCUGGAUUUGUAUACUGACAGCUUCUAUGAGAACAGGAAGGACGCCAUUGAAUCUAGACUCCAGCUACUGCACGCAGCUUCCUCAGAGACCCUGAAAGAGAUGAUUGCCAAUGUCUGGAAUGCUGAAGAGGGAAAAGCAGCAGCACUAGUUAGCUGGGACCGGUUUACUUCUCUCCAGCAGGCUCAGAGUCUAGUGGCUUGCUUUGGGGGACCUUUUCUAAGUGGUGUAUGUAGGAGGCUCUCCAAAGAUCUGCGCCAUUGCAGAGGGGGUCUUCCUGAUCUAGUUGUGUGGAGUACGCAAGAGCACCGCUUCAAGCUGGUGGAAGUUAAGGGUCCCAAUGAUCGCCUCUCCCACAAACAGAUGAUUUGGCUGGAUGAACUGAAGAAGCUGGGAGCCGCUGUAGAAGUUUGUCAUGUGGCUGCAGUUGGAGCUAAAAGUAAACGCCUAAGUUGAAUAAAACUGUCUCGAACAUGUUGGAUGGGGAGAGGGGAGAAUUGACUAUUUU